AUGGAGGGACGUUGGACUUGUCAUCUCUUCGGUGCAGUGUUGUCGGCGUCGAUCGGAUCUUUCGAGUUUGGCUACAACAUUGGCUGUAUCAAUAUGCCUGCUGAUCUAAUCAAAGAAUGGUUCGCGGCAUCGUACAAUAAAGGGCUCGCCAUCCAUGAAAAGAGAGCGACAGUCGAUGAUAUGAAAACGGCAUGGUCGAUAGCUGUCAGUAUCUUCGCCAUUGGAGGAAUUGCCGGAGGCCUUUCCUGUGGAUACUUUGCGGAUAAACUUGGACGGAAGACUGCCUUGCUAAUGAAUAAUGUCGUUGCGCUCGUCGCCACAGGCUUCUUCGUCUUCGCAAAAUUGUUUGACAUUCGGUACUUGUUCACGGCGGGCAGACUUAUCAUUGGAGUGAAUGCCGGUGAAUAUUUCGUACUUGACUGUAAAGUCAUGAAUAAUCUUUCCUUCGUUAUAGGGUUGAAUAGCGGUCUGGUGCCCAUGUAUCUGACAGAAAUCUCUCCAGCAAACCUCCGCGGAACCAUCGGCUCAUUUGCACAGCUAUUCGUUACCAUCUCAAUUCUGGCCUCGCAAGUUGUCGGACUUCCAUCUAUUUUGGGGACUGCUGAUCGAUGGCCUUGGAUCUUCUAUGCCAUAUGUGUUCCUGCGAUUUUGCAACUUUCCACGCUCAUGCUCUGCCCUGAAAGUCCCAAGUACACCAUAAAAGUCGGCGACAACCAUUUCCAGGCACAACAGGAUUUGAUAAAAUUGCGAGGCCACGCAAAGGUCCAAGAUGAGUUGAUGGUAAUUGCGGAUGAAGCAAAGGCUGCAAAAUCUGAAGAAAUUAACUGUGCUGCUUUGUUUGGUCCAUACCUUAUCUGGCCUUUGGCUUUAUCCACCUUCUUGAUGUUUGCUCAGCAGCUUAGCGGGAUCAAUGCUGUAAUGUUCUACUCCACUGAUAUAUUCAAGAGUGCUGGUCUUCAAGAUCAAUGUCAGUUUUCAUUGUAG